AUGGCGUUUGCCGCACAGUUAGGGGCCCAGGUAGAAGAGCUCAUAGAAGCUAUAUGCCCCAGUGUUUACAAGUCACAAAAGAGGCGGGUCGUUUCUCUCCGCGAAGAAUGCCUCAAGACACUCCGUCACCACACUUUUACUCGGACGAACCAGUUUUUAGUUGAGGAAGAGCUUAACGGGCUUCAAGAGAAGUUUGUUGUGAACGGCCGCGAUGGGCUCGCAGCUGCCUUGGAGACCCGCCGGGAAAAUCUUGAGCCUCUCUCAACUAAAUGGACGCCUGAUAUUCUUCACCUGUUGUUGGAACUAUCAGAUCAACCCCUUCAGCAGUCCCAUCUGGCCGAUCUUGAAUUGCUGCGAAAAUCAGACCCCGACACUGGACCGACUUUGAAAUGGGAGGAUAUUGCCAAUGAGGAUGGUUGGGCCCAUGACCGAGCUUUGUGGAGGAAUGUCGACUUUGGUCCGGGCAGCUCCGAGGAUGGGUCGUAUGAAGAGCAAUCAAUUACAGGUGGUUCUUCCGACUCGGAAGACACAUCCAUCUCAGAUGUCACCCCUCAGCUCAAGAUUCCUCAAGAAUCCAGCUCGAUCGGGCCAAGCUCAGUCGACCUAGACGAUGUUAUCGAGUCUCAAUCCUGGCGUUUGGAAUCACCCCAAACCGACGAGGGGGGACGUACAAGCAAAAUACCCAUCACGGAGGCACAAGUCGUCAGGGAAAUCCUGUUCAUGUUACAGGGCCACAGGACCUCACUUUUUGACGAAAAAUGCGCUCCCGUCCUUGCGUAUCAGCUGUCAGAGGUCUCAUGGGAGACGUACCGCGCUUUGAUCACAGCCGUCGCGGACACAGGACGCCCGCUGCAACCGCUUCGAGGUUUCAUCGAAAGCCGGCAAGACGUGCCCUUGCUCCAGACCUUUCAGGAUUGCAUUCGGGAAGCCCUUCGAGCAUUCGACAGGGAGAUCGCAGCCAUGCAGGCUCGCUAUGUUGAUCCAAAGAUGGACGUCAUGGUCAGCGUUAUGGCGGUCAUGGAAGAGGCCCAACUCCAUCUGGCUUCAUUGCGAUCCCUUGGGGCCAUUGUACAGAGACUUCGAGGUGAGCGAUACCCCCACGCAUUUCGCUACUUGGAGCUUUUGUUCGAGGCUACAUGCGCAUCACAGUUGCAAGGUGAUCUGCCUGCCUAUAAAACGCUGGGGUCUACUUUUCUCAGAUGUUUUCAGGUUUACUUGCGCCCCAUCAGGCUAUGGAUGGAGGAGGGUGAACUCUUGCCUGGUGACAAGAUCUUCUUCAUCUCGGAAUCCAAGGUCAAACUGCCUUUGAAUCAGAUCUGGCAAAAUCAGUUCAAACUUCGUCAGACUCUGGAUGGACGGUUACAUGCGCCAAGGUUCCUCCAGUUUGCAGUAGCGCGAAUAUACACGACCGGCAAGAGCAUCGUAGUCUUGAAGCAUCUGGGAAUGAACGACUUGGCAGCGACCCAGCAGCAGAGCCGACAGCCUCCUAGCCUUGAAUUUGCUAAUGUUUGUCCACCUGGUUCGGAACUCGCCCCUUUCUCGGAGCUCUUUGCCAACGUGUUUGACGCGUGGAUCAAAAGCAAGCACCACGCGACAUCCUCUGUUCUCCAAAAGGCUCUAUUUGAAUCUUGCGGCCUGCGGUCCACACUAGGCGCCCUUCAGCACUUGUAUCUCAUGAAGGAUGGUGCCGCUUCUGACAGUUUCACCUCGACCGUAUUUUUUAAGAUGGACAAGAGACAGCCGGGCUGGGACGACCGCUUCACGCUAACGGAACUUGCUCAGGAGGCUUUCUCUGGGCUGCUGGAUGUGCAUCGUGUGUCAGCAUACUUUGACAAGCCAGAGGGCGCUCGUUCUGACAUGACUGGAGGUCGAAUUUCUAUUCGCGAAAUGCUCCCUAGGCUCAAGCUUCGGUAUCGUAUGGCCUGGCCAGUUCAGCUGGUGAUUAAGGGGGACUGCCUCGAGAGUUACCAAGGCAUCUUUACCAUGUUGUUGCAGCUGCGGCGGUCGAUACAUGCACUGAACAUGCAACGCUUACUACUUGAUGGAAAGGCCGAGGAAGGCAUGCUCCGUGCAGAGUCCAGUGCCUACUACCGUCUGAGAAUGAAGAUGUUGUGGUUCUGCAACACUUUGAUGACAUACCUCACGACUCUGGUGUUCACGCCAAACAUUGAAGCGCUGAAGGAGGCUCUGAGCUCGGCAGAAGAUGUCGAUGGCAUGAUCCACCGCCACGCGGCAUUCGUCGCCACGAUGAUUCAGGAAUCAUGUUUGGGACCGAGACUGGACCCCAUCAGGGAGUGCAUGUUGGACGUACUGGACCUGGCCGCCGAACUGGAAGAUUCGCGCAACAUGACCGCCAUCAGGGAAGCGGGCGAAUCAAACGAGAUCAUGCGGCUCUCGACCAUGUCCUCACCCCAUCGAGUUUCCACGCUGUCGGGGGCCGACUUUCGGAAAUCGCAGCUCAGGGGUCUUUAUGUGAGCCCCAAGGAGAAGGAGGAGGACCACGACGAAGCGGAAGCAGAGGGUGAGCUCAAUGCUGAGAGAGGCACGAAGAGAGCAGGUGGGAGAGCUCCCCAGACGCGCGAGCCCUAUCCGACAACGCUCCGGCGGAUCUCGGCCGACUUUGACAGGCACCUUAGGUUCAUCGCUGGCGGGCUCAGAGGCGUCGCUCGUGCGAGCAGUGAGCCAGCUGCCGGCAAGUGGGACAUACUUGCCGAGAUGCUUGAGGCUGGAAUAUCCUCUAUGUAG